UUGCGAACCGGGAGAAUAAUAAUCGAGAAAAAUUUGGGAAUUUUUGGAUUUCUGGUUGUAGCUGUGAAUUUGUGAGUUCUGGGGUUAAUUUAAGGUGAAAAAUAUCGAUUUUUGGCUCAAAAUCCACCAAAAAAUCCCGAAUUUCAGGUCAAAAACCCCCAAAUUUUCCCCAAAUUUCCAGAUCCUCUCAAAUCGCUCGCUUCAUCAUUCAAACUUCGUGCAAAUCCUCGAAAAAACAUCCACUUCGUACACCGUAUAUCAUAGAAAUCGCUUCGGAACGAGAUUCCGUGAUUCCGUUGCCUUUUGAGAAUCCGGCAGAGAAUUUUGAGAAUUCCGCGCGGAAAAAACGACGGAUUUGUGGAAUUUCGCAUUUAUUGGGAGACGAGGAGACUUAUUGUUGUCAGGUUAGCGAGAAAAAGUGUGCGGCGAAAUUGCAGAAAAGGGGCGGAGCCUAAUUGAUUUAUGAGACCACUCGGGUUCGAGCCACACCUGAGGCAAACUUUUUUGUUUUUUUUGUCGAAAAAAAUAUUUCUGAUCAAUUUUUCACGCUGAAAACGAUGGAAUUGCUCAUUUUAACUGAAAUUUUCGAUUUCAGCACAAAAUUUCAGCCCAGAAACUUGAAUUCUAGAAAUUUUUGAAAAAAUUUAAUUUCAGCUUUAAAAAUAUGCUUCUAGAUCAGAAUUUUGUGCUGAAAAUUGUGGAAAUCUUGAAUUUUCAGCAUUUUCAUGAUUUUCAGCCAAUUUUCAGCGCUGUUUCCGUCAAUUUUCCCGCAAAUGGAAUCUGGAGCGACAUUCUGGAUUCUGUGAAGCCGAAUUUCGCCUGAAAUGUCCAAAAUGCUCAAAAAUCUACAAAAAAUCCGCGUAUUUGGCAAAACAUUUGAGAAAAUGCCCGGAAAACGCUGAAAAUCCCGAAAAUUCCAAGAUUCUGGAGAGCUUUGCCGAAAAAUCGACGGAUUUACGCAAACUCAAAAUUCCCUAUGAAGUUGGAGCGGUUAUUUAGGAGGAUUUGGUGAGUUUUUUGGCGGGAAAAAAUGCCACGUGGCAACGUUUUUUGAAAAUUUCAUGAAAUUCUGAGAAUUUUGAAUACAAAUGUGCCACGUGGCAGUUUUUGGCGCCAAAAAUUUGAAUUUUGAAUUUGUACUGGUAUUUUUUGUGAUAAAUUAUAAAUAAAUACAUUUUACUAGACUAGACUGUAGUUUUGAUAUGAAUUUUUUAAAGAGUUAGAGAUAACCUAGGAAAGUAGGAGAAUUAUAAUCGCAAACUUUGAAAUUUCAAUUUUUAUAUCAAAUUUUUGAAACAGUAGAAUUUUUUCUUGAAAAAAUUAAUUUCAGCUAGAAAAUAGGUUUCUAGAUCAGAAUUUUGUGCUGGAAAUCAAGGAAAUCUUGAAUUUUUGAGAUUUUCAGCAUUUUCAGCACAAAAUUCAAUUCAGGAAUAUUGAAUCUUGGGAUUAAUCAAAUUUUCUUAAUCCAUUUUUUGAAACAGUAGAUUUUUCUGGUGUAUAUUGGUAUAAAAAUGCUCGAAAUUUCUUGAUUUUUUCAUCAAAAAGUUUUUUUUUUUGGCAGAAGAGAGAAAAAUUUCGAAAAAUCCCAAACCAAAAUGGAAUUGGGUUCAUUGAAUUACUAUAAUUGUAUGUUGUUUGAAAUAAACUUUUAUUAUUGCAAAUUUUGUGCUGAAACUCAUGAAAAUGCUGAAAAUUUCGGAAAUUCAAGAUUUCAAUGAUUUUCAGCACAAAAAUCUGAUCUAGAAGCAUUUUUUCAAAACUGACAUUUUUUUUUUCGAAAAAUCUACUGUUUCAAAAUUUUUAUAUGAAAAAAAAAAUUUUGAUUUUCAUUAUGUCAAUGGGCGUCUAGAUCAGAAUUUUGUGCUGAAAAUCAUGGAAAUUUUGAAUUUUCGAAAUUUUCAGCAUUUGCUCGAUUUUCAGCACAAAAUUCUGAUCUAAAAUCGAGACUUAAUACCCCGAACAAAAAUCUGAAAAUCCUUUUAGGUCAAAAAUAUCCUUCUAGAUCAGAAUUUUGUGCUGAAAACCAUGAAAAUCUUGAAUUUUCAAAAUUUUCAGCAUUUUCAGCACAAAAUUGUUGAUUAUUCUCGAAAGAUCAAAAAAUCAACAAUUUUUUGUCUGCGAAAAUUUUCGCGCAAAAUUAGAUUAUUAUCUUAAUUGUGUCCAAAAAAUUAAAACUAUAUAUAUAUAUAUCAGAAAAUCUGAAAAUUUUCCAGAAUUUCGAUCUGAAAAUGUCGAAAAAAGGACAUUUGCAGGGAAUUCGAGCAAUUGCAAUUAUUUCAGUUUUGGCUUUUCAUUUUUUUCCCGAAUAUUUUCCCAAUGGAUUUUUGGGUGUUGAUCAGUGAGUUUUUUUGAUCUACUAGUUUUUAUUGUGCUGAAAAUCAUGAAAUUCAAGAUUUCCCUGAUUUUCAGCACAAAAUUCUGAUCUAGAAACAAAUUUUGUUUUUGAGCUGAAAUUAAUUUUUUUCACAAAAAAUUUCUAGAAUUCAAGGUUCUAGGCUGAAAUUUUGUGCUGAAAUCGAGAAUUUCAGUUAAUAUGAGCAAUUUCAUCGUUUUCAGCGUGAAAAAUUGAUCAGGAGUGCUUUUUUCAAAAAAAAAAUGUUAGGAGGUAUGAGGACUCGAUCCAGACCCCUUCUGACCCGAAAAAUCAAUAUUCUAGAUGACAAUUUUGAGCUGAAAAUCAUGAGAAUGUUGAAAAUUCAAGAUUUCCAUGAUUUUCAGCACAAAAUUCUGAUCUAGAAACAAAUUUUGUUUUUGAGCUGAAAUUAAUUUUUUUUUGAGAAAAAAAAAUCUACUGUUUCAAAAAAUUUUUUCUCUAACUCUAGCUGCUCUGCGUCUCUGACUCCAAAAAAAUGAUGUCAAAACUACAGUUUAGUUUUCCCAGGCAUAUUUAUACUCAAAAUGAUCAGAUUUGCAUGCCUGGUCUCGCUAAAACAUCUACAGUACCCCAAAAUCAAUGAAUUUUUCACAGAUUCUUCGUAUUAUCUGGUUAUUUAAUGUGUCUUAUUCUCUCCAAAACUUCUUCAAAUAAAAAUCAAUCAAUAAUUUCAAAAAUCUUUGAAUUUUAUCAACGUCGACUUUGUCGAAUUCUAUUAUUGAAUUAAAAACACGUGAGAAAUAAAAAACUAGGUCAAGUGAUGUGGAUUUAAAAACAGUAUAGGUAGCCAUGUCGUCAGUCGCGAUGCGGUUCUGCGUUGCGUGUUGACCUCGAUAUUUUCCAUUGAAUUUGCCAAAUUUUCAUUUCUAAAAACGUGUCGCUCACACGCAUCGCAACUAACGACAUGGCUGCCUAUACUGUUUUUAAAUCCACGUCACUUGACCUAGUUUUUUAUUUCUCACGUGUUUUUAAUUCAAUAAUACCAAAUUAUUAUUUUCUAAUUUUAAUCAAUAUUUUUUUAUUGAUUUUUUCUCCAAUUUUUCCCGAAACUUUCAUUGAAACAAAUCAAAAAUCAGCAAAACAAUCAAUAUUUUUUGUCUCAAAUGAUUUCUCAAAUUUAGAAGAUGAUUAUUAUAUUUUGCUGAAAAUUGCUGAAAAUCUAUUCACUCAUACUUGGUCACUUUCUGUUGAAAUUCAAUUUUAUUUCAUUAUUCCUAUCGUAUUCUAUGCUAUUUUAUCGAUUUUUCCCGGGAAAAAUCGAAAUUUCAUGGUCUACCUGAGCUUCUCCGCGAUUUCUCUGAUUUUUUAUUUGAUCUCCCCGAAAAGCACGGCAUUUUAUAGUGUUUUUGCGAGGAUUUGGCAAUUUCUUGCAGGAUUUUUGGUGUAUUUUUGGCAAGAAAAUGAUGAAAAUGAAGAAGAAGAAGACCAAAAACAAUUAUUGAUUUCUGAAAAUCUGGAAACCGAGCAAAUAAGUUAUGAAAAUACACAAGUUUGGUUAUUAUUAUUGACUAUUUUGAUGCUUUUUGUUGGUUUUGAAUAUCCGGAGAGAAUUGUGAGGUAACAUGAGCAAUGGUUUUUAUCUCAAACUUCGAUCUCUAGAUUAUCUCUAGAGAAUCUAUAUAUUUUUUGAAUAAGAUCAAAAUCUUUUUUAUCUCCAAUGUUGAACUUUUUAAUUCAAUUUCGCGCCUGAUUAGGCUGAAGUUUCGUGCUGAAAAUCUUAAGAAUUUUGAAAAUUUAAGAUCCUCUUGAUUUUCAGCACAAAAUUCUGAUCUAGAAGCAUAUCUUUCAGCGAAAUUAAUUUUUUUUUCAAAAAAAAAUCUACUGUUUCAAAAUUUUUACAACAAAUAUGAGGAUUUUCAGAUUCUUGUUCAAUUUAUGUAAACCGGAAUCUAUUGCUGAAACACAGGAAAAUGCUGAAAAUUUCGAAAAUCAAGAUUUCCACGAUUUUCAGCACAAAAUUUCAGCUGGGAAAUUUGAAAUCUGAAAAUUUUUUGAAAAAAUUAAUUUCAGCUCUAAAAAAAAUUUGUUUCUAGACCAGAAUUUUGUGCUGGAAAUAAAGGAAAGCUUGAAUUUUCAUCAUUUCUAUGAGCUGAAAUUAUUUUUUUUUCAAAAAAAAAUCUACUGUUUCAAAAAAAAUUCAUAUGAAAUUUUAAAAUUUACAAUUUUUCCAGAAUAUUAAUAACAAUAAUAACAUCAUUGCUCAUAUUAAUCUCAGAAAAUAAUCAAAUAUUAUCAAAUAAAAUAAUGAUUUAUAUUGGAAAUAUAUCAUAUUCAUUAUAUUUAAUACAUUGGCCAAUUUAUUGUUAUUCAAAAUUCUACGAGUUACCAAAACUCCCAUUUUUAUGCUUUUCUAUUUUUUUGGGAAUUCUUAUUUAUGAAACUUAUGAAAAAUGGUAUACAACUAGACUUACACGAAAUUCCCAAUUCAUUUUAUCAACUAUUUUAUUGAUUUUUUGUAUUUUAACUAUUUGGAGACAGGAAUUUCGUGAAAUUUAUGAUGGUUUUACUGGAAAAAUGAAAAUUCCAGAAACAGGAGAUGAAAAUUCGAUAUUUUCCGCGGGAAAUUCAAAAAAUUUGAGCCUUGAAGAGGUUAUAAAUUUGAAUAGUGUGUGGACUUCAAAAGAAAAGGAAUUUUUAACAUAUAAAAGUUGCGAUUAUAGAAAUCCGAAACUUGUGCCAUUUGGAUUAUGUCAAUUUAAAGUGAGUAAAAUUUUCAGCACAAAAUUUCAGCCAGGAAACUUUUCAGAAUCUCUCCUCAUCUGCGCCUUUAAAAAUUCUAAUUAUCGGAAAUAGUUAUGCGACAAAUUUGGCACCGAUUCUCCUCAAUUCUUGUGCUAAAAAAUCGCAUCAAAUUUGGCUGGCCUCAUUUCCAUCCUGUAAUUAUUUGCACACGGAUUAUGAGCAAAGCAAAUGCUCAAAAAUGCUCCAAAUUUCCGAUGAAACACUCGAAAAACAGCAAUUUGAUUAUGUUUUUUUGAUUGCUAAAUGUGCGCGAUAUUGUUUUCCGAGCAAAAAAUCGAUUGAUGAGCAAAUUGAAUUUGGUAGAUCACAAAUUACAAAACUCAAACAAUUUGUGAAGCGAAAAAUCUUCAUUUUGAAUACGAUAACACUUCCGAUAAAUCUCAGAAAUUUCAACAAUUAUCUGCGGAAUCGUACUAGUUUUGAUGAAAUUCAGGUGAGUUAUCCUAACUUCAAAAAUUCUUUGAUUAGCUUUCAAUUGAAAACACCUUCCUUUCCACCAACAUUUUCUCUCCGAUCAAAAAGAGACAUAUAGCUCAGUUGGUAGCAUUUUUGACUGCGGCGCGUGAGACCAGGGUUCGAUUCCCAUUGCCCGCCAAUUUUUUUCUUUUUUUUUAAAUUUGUUUCUAGAUCAGAAUUUUGUGCUGAAAAUCAAGGUAAUCUUGAAUUUUCAGCAUUUUCACGAUUUUCAGCACAAAAUUCGAACGAAACUGAAUAACGAAAUCUAGAAAUCCAAAUAUUUUAUGUGAAAUUUUUGAAACACUAGAUUUUUUUAGAAAAAAAAUUUUUUCAAAUUUCAAAAAAAAAUGUUUCUAGGUCAGAAUUUUGUGCUGAAAAUGAUGGAAAUCUUAAAAUUUCCAGAAAAUCUACUCAAACAAAAAACCACUUGGCGACAAGAGAAUCGGAAUUGAACGACAUCGAAAAAUCGGCCAAGUUUGUGGCAAAAAAUGCGAAUUUUUCGACGCAUUCUCGAAUUUUCCCAAAAAUCCCUAUUCAUCUGAUGAAAUUAUACGAUUUUUCGAUGAUCGCGGAUUAAUUUAUGUGAAUGGAAAAGGACAUUUUCCACCGUAUUCUUGGCCAAAAAUUCAACCCGUUUUUGAUGGAAUUUGUGAGAAAUUGUAAUAAAAAAUGUUUUUUUUUUGAAAAAAAAAUAAUUUCAGGUCAAAGUAUGCAGAAUUUCGUGCUGAAAAUCAUGGAAAUCUUGAAUUUUUCGAAAUUUUCAUGGUUUUCAGCACAAAAUUCCCAUUUUUUCAUAUCAAAAUUUUUUUUGAUUCAAAUCUUUUCAAAAUCUAUAUAGAUUGUUAUCUGAGGAUCCGAAAAUGAGAUAAAAAAGUAUAUUUUCGACCGAUUGCUCAGGUUAGGUUUCAAAAAAAAAUGUUUCGAAACUUUUUUAUAAAAAUUUUGUUCAUAAAAUUUCAAAUUUUCUAAAAAUUUUUGAAACAGUGAAUUUUUUAAAUUAAAAAUUCUUCCAUUUUUUUUUCUCAUAGAUAUUUGUAGCACAAAUUCAAUUUUUCAAGAAAAAAUAACUUACUAUCCAAAAUUGGUGUCUCCAGCUUUUUUCCAUCCGCAAAAUCGAUUCUAAAGUAUAAAUACAUUGUUUUUUAAUACAUUUUCAACAAAACUAACCUUUUCACGUGGCCAAAACCCUUGAUUUCAUCAUGGAAACAUCCCAAAACUCUGAAAAUCCAAAAAUUAUUGAUAAAAUAAGCGAAAAAUCAUCGAUUUCAAGGUUUUCUCCUUCAAAUUUCAACAAAUUCCCUUUGAAAAUAAAAAAUAACAAAAUUUCUUUCACUUGAACAUUGAGUUUCGAAGGAAAAGCUCUGAAAACUCUGAAAACACGAAAAAAAAAAGAAAUUUGAAGUUUUUCACACAAUUGUGUGCAAUUGUGCGUCGUGGUGUUUGCAACUGUGUGUCCCGGGAAAAAUAUUUUUGAAUUUCUUUUUUUUUUUUUUCCGUUUUUCACGUUUUCAAGUCGAAAUCAUGCUGGAUUGCUUCAUUUUUUAUUGUAAAAAUGAAGAAAUUCAAAAAUUUGAAGGAGAAAACCUUUUUUCUUCUAUUUUUCGCCAGUUUUAUCAAUAAUUUUUGGAUUUUCAGACUUUUGGGAUGUUUCCGUGAUGAAAUUGAGGAUUUUGGCCACGUAAAAAGGUUAGUUUUGUUGAAAAUGUAUUAAAAAACAAUGUAUUUAUACUUUAGAAUCGAUUUUGUGGAUGGAAAAGAGCUGGAGACACCAAUUUUGAAUUGUGAGUUAUUUUUUAUUGAAAAAUUGAAUUUUUGCUACAAAUAUUUAUGAAAAUCACAUUUUUUCAGAAUUUUUAAUUGAAAAAAAUUCACUGUUUCAAGAAAAUUUGAAAGAAUUUGAAAAUUUUCGAUUAAUUUUAAAAAUUCAACGAAAUUUUUAUAAAAAAGUUUCGAAAAAUUUUAACCUUAAUUUUUGAAACCUAACCUGAGCAAUUGGUCGAAAAUAUACUUUUUUAUCUGAUUUUCGGAUCUUCAAAUAACGAUCUAUGUAUAUAAAUUUUGAAAAAAUUUGAAUUUAAAAAAUUUCGGGUUGAAAAAAAUUACUGUUUCAGGAUUUUUAUAUGAAAAAAAAUGGAUUUUAAAAUUUUAAUGCUUCGCUUCGAUGAACAUUUUGUGCUGAAAAUCAUGAAAAUUUCGAAAAUUCAAGAUUUCCAUGAUUUUCAGCACGAAGUUCUGAUCUAGAAACAUAUUUUCUAGCUGAAAUUAAUUUUUUUUCAAGAAAAAAAAUUUACUGUUUCAAAACUUUUAUAUGAAAAAAAAAGAAUUUAGAAAAUUUGAUUUUGUUUUGAUUUCUCUUCCAAUCUCCAAAAUUCGUGAAAUUUUGUUCUGAAAAUCAUGAAAAUUUCGAAAAUUCAAGAUUUCCAUGAUUUUCAGCACAAAAUUCUGAUCUAGAUUUUGAUUUUGAAAAAAAUUUCAAAAAAAAAACUUUUUUUUCAAAAUUUAUGAAAAUUUGUGGGCGGAGCUUGAAAAUUAUGAUUUUUUUUCAAAAUUUCCGGAUUUUUUCAUAAUUUUCAAGCUCCGCCCACAAAUUUUCAUAAAUUAAAAAUUUCGAAAAAAAAAUUUUUUUUUCGAAAUUUUUGUCCAAAAUCAAAAUCAUUCCCAGAUUUUCAGUCAAAAAAUCUGAAAAUUUCAGAAUUUCACUCUGAAAAUGUCGAAAAAGGGGCAUUUGCAGGGAAUUCGAGCGAUUGCUAUAAUUUCAGUUUUGGCUUUUCAUUUUUUUCCCAAAAAUUUUCCCAAUGGAUUUUUGGGUGUUGAUCAGUGAGUUUUGUUUUGGCGGGCGAAAAAAUUGAUCUACAGUAAUCCAAACUAUUUGAAGAUCAUUUUGGUGUCAAAAAACACCGGGUUACUGUAGGUUUUGGCGCGGAAAAUCCACAGUAACCCCUUGAAUUUUGUUUAUUUUCAAAUUAUCUUGAAUAUUUCUCUUGAAAAUUUGAAAUUUUCGGUGAUUUUCCGAUUCCGGCGGAGAUUUUUAUCCCUAUUUUUCAUUGUUGAGACGAAAAAUCACCGAAUUUUGAUGGCGAACUUGAGAUAAACGUGUAUAUUUUAUAUCCAGGGGUACUGUAGAUUUUCGGGCGUGAAAAACUACAGUACCUUGAAAAUGAUCUUCGAAGAACUAUAGGGAUUACUGUAGAUCAAUUUUUGGCGCCAAAACAUCUACAGUACCCCAAAAUCAAUGAAUUUUUCACAGAUUCUUCGUAUUAUCUGGUUAUUUAAUGUGUCUUAUUCUCUCCAAAACUUCUUCAAAUAAAAAUCAAUCAAUAAUUUCAAAAAUCUUGGAAUUUUAUCAACGUCGACUUUGUCGAAUUCUACCAAAUUAUUAUUUUCUAAUUUUAAUCAAUAUUUUUUUAUUGAUUUUUUCUCCAAUUUUUCCCGAAACUUUCAUUGAAACAAAUCAAAAAUCAGCAAAACAAUCAAUAUUUUUUGUCUCAAAUGAUUUCUCAAAUCUGGAAGAUGAUUAUUAUAUUUUACUGAAAAUUGCUGAAAAUCUAUUCACACAUACUUGGUCACUUUCUGUUGAAAUUCAAUUUUAUUUCAUUAUUCCUAUCGUAUUCUAUGCUAUUUUAUCGAUUUUCUCCGGGAAAAAUCGAUAUUCUAUGAUCUACUUGGGCUUCUCCGCGAUUUCUCUGAUUUUUUAUUUGAUCUCCCCGAAAAGCACGACAUUUUAUAGUGUUUUUGCGAGGAUUUGGCAAUUUUUAGCCGGAUUUUUGGUGUAUUUUUGGCAGGAAAAUGAUGAGGAGAAAUUAUUGGAUUUCGAAGAGAAAAAGGAGAAGCUAAGCUAUGGAAAUCUGCAGAAUUUGCUGUUAUUGGCAACUUUUUCGAUAUUAUUUUUGGGUUUUGAAUUGCCAGGGAAGAUUGUGAGGUGAGAGGGGAAAAUUUUAAGGUUUUCAUGAUUUUCAGCACAAAAUUCUGAUCUAGAAGCAUUUAUUUUUGAGCUGAAAUUAAUUUUUUUUUGUUGAAAAAAUCUACUGUUUCAAAAAUUUUAUAUAAAAAAUUGCGGUUUGAAAUUUUUAAUAGCUUCUGUUCAGCACAAAAUUCUGAUCUAGAAAAAUGUUUUAUUUUUUAGCUGAAAUUAAUUUUUUUUUUUCUUUCAAAAAAAAAAUCCACUGUUUCAAAAGUUUUAUCUAGAAAAACUAUAAAAUGAGUUUUCAUUAGGAAAUUUUCGCGCUAAAAAUUACAGUACCCCUUUUUUGAACCGGUUCCCCAAAAUUUCACUUAUAUUUUUCACAAAAAUUAUCUUUAUCUCAUUUUUCGCAUCGAAAUUUUGUUCUUCCGGAUUUUUGUGAUAAAAUCUAUAUUUAUUUGAAACAUCAGCAGUUUGUUCAUGAAAAAAAUUCAAAAAUUUUGAUGGGAUCUGAAAAAUCUCACUGUCUAAAAUGUUUGAAACAGUGAGAUUUUUUUCAGAUCCCAUAAAAAUUUUUAAAUUUUUUUUUCCGUGAACAAACUGCUGAUGUUUCAAAUAAAUAUAGAUUUUUAUCACAAAAAUUCGGAAGAACAAAAUUUUCGAUGCGAAAAUGAGAUAAAGAUAAAUUUUGAAAAAUAAGUGAAAUUUUGGGAACCGGUACUGUAAUUUUUGGCGCGAGAAUUUGAUUCUUGUGGGAUUUUUGAGGUUUUAGACGCAAUGAAAUUAUAAAACUUGAAAAAUAAUUUUUUAUACAGAAAUUUUGAAACAGUAGAUUUUUUUGUAAAAAAAAAAAUAAUUUCAGGUCAAAAAUAAAAUAAGCUUCUAGAUCAGAAUUUUGUGCUGAAAAUCAUAGGAAUCAUGAAAAUUUUCAGCACAAAAUUUCAGCAUUUGAAACAGUAGAUUUUUUCAGAACCUAAAAAUUACUGUUAAACAUUGUCGUAAAAAUAUUGAUAGGAGAUAAAAUAUUGAAAAUUUCAAAUCGCAACUUUUUAUGUGAAAUAUUUGAAACAGUAAAUUUUUUUCAACAAAAAAUUAAUUUCAUGUCUAAAAAAUGUUUCUGCAUAAAAUAAAUCCCCCAGCUGAAAUUUUGUGCUGAAAAUCAUGAAAAUGCAGAAAAUUCAAGAUUUCCAUGAUUUUUAGCGUGAAAUUCUGAUCUAGAAGCAUAUUUUUGACCUGAAAUUAAUUUUUUUAUUGGAAAAAAAAUCUACUGUUUCAAAAAUUUCACAUAAAGAAUUGCGUUUUGAAAUUUUCAAUAUCUUACGAGCUCCAAUGUUUACGACAAAAUUUAACAGUAAUUUUUUAGUUUCUGAAAAAAUCUACUGUUUCGAAUGCUGAAAUUUUGUGCUGAAAAUCCUAAAAAUUCAAGAUUUCCAUGAUUUUCAGCACAAAAUUCUGACCUGAAAUUGAAUUUUUUGUUGAAAAAAAAAUUUACUGUUUCAAAAUUCACAAUAAUACAAAGUCAAAGCGAAUCAAAAAUCCCCAAUUAUUUUUCCAGAAUAAUAGUCACAAUAAUAACAUCAUUGCUCAUAUUAAUCUCAGAAAAUAAUCAAAUAUUAUCAAAUGGCAUAAUGAUUUAUAUUGGAAAUAUAUCAUAUUCAUUAUAUUUAAUUCAUUGGCCAAUUUAUUGUUAUUCAAAAUUCUACGAGUUAUCAAAACUCCCAUUUUUAUGCUUUUCUAUUUUUUUGGGAAUUAUUAUUUAUGAAACUUAUGAAAAAUGGUAUACAACUAGACUUACACGAAAUUCCCAAUGCAUUUUAUCAACUAUUUUAUUGAUUUUUUGUAUUUUAAUAAUUUGGAGGCAAGAAAUUCGUGAAAUUUAUGAUGGUUUUAGUGGAAAAUCUAUGAAAUUUGCUGAAAAUUCGAUAUUUUCCGCGGGAAAUUCGAAAAAUUUGAGCCUUGAAGAGGUUAUGAAUUUGAAUGGUGUGUGGACUUCAAAAGAAAAGAAAUUUUUAACAUAUAAAAGUUGCGAUUAUAGAAAUCCGAAGCUUGUGCCAUUUGGAUUAUGUCAAUUUAAAGUGAGUAAAAUUUUCAGCAUAAAAUUUCAGCCCAGAAAAAAUCAGAUUUUUUUCGCAGAAUCUCUCCUCAUCUGCGCCUUUAAAAAUUUUAAUUAUCGGAAAUAGUUAUGCCACAAAUUUGGCACCAAUUCUCCUAAAUUCUUGUGCUAAAAAAUCGCAUCAAAUUUGGCUGGCCUCAUUUCCAUCCUGUAAUUAUUUGCACACGGAUUAUGAGCAGAGCAAAUGCUCAAAAAUGCUCCAAAUUCCCGAUGAAACACUUGAAAAACAGCAAUUUGAUUAUGUUUUUCUGAUUGCUAAAUGUGCGCGAUAUUGUUUUCCGAGCAAAAAAUCGAUUGAUGAGCAAAUUGAAUUUGGUAGAUCACAAAUUACAAAACUCAAACAAUUUGUGAAGCGAAAAAUCUUCAUUUUGAAUACGAUAACACUUCCGAUAAAUCUCAGAAAUUUCAACAAUUAUCUGCGAAAUCAUACUAGUUUUGAUGAAAUUCAGGUGAGUUAUCCUAACUUCAAAAAUUCUUUGAUUAGCUUUCAAUAUUGAAACCACCUUCCUUUCCACCAACAUUUUCCCAGUGGUCAAAAAGAGAUAGAUAGCUCAAUUGGUAGCAUUUUUGACUGCGGCGCGUGAGACCAUGGUUCGAUACCCAUUGCCCGCCAAUUUUUUCUUUUUUUAAAAUUUGUUUGUAGACUAGAAUUUUGUGCUGAAAAUGGUGGAAAUCUUGAAUUUUCGAAAUUUUCAGCAUUUUCAUGAUUUUCAGCACAAAAUUUCAGCUAGGAAAAUUGAAAUCUGGAAGUUUUUGGAAUAAAUUAAUUUCAGAAUGAAAAUAUGUUUCUAGAUCAAAAUUUUGUGCUGAAAAUGGUGGAAAUAUUGAAUUUUCGAAAUUUCUAGCAUUUUCAGCACAAAGUUCGAACGAAACUGAAUAACGAAAUCUAGAAAUCCAAAUAUUUUAUGUGAAAUUUUUGAAACACUAGAUUUUUUUUUAGAAAAAAAUUUUUUUCAAAUUUCAAAAAAAAUGUUUCUAGGUCAGAAUUUUGUGCUGAAAAUCAUGAAAAUCUUAAUAUUUGCAGAAAAUCUACUCAAACAAAAAACCACUUGGCGACAAGAGAAUCGGAAUUGAACGACAUCGAAAAAUCGGCCAAGUUUGUGGCAAAAAAUGCGAAUUUUUCGACGCCUUCUCGAAUUUUCCCAAAAAUCCAUAUUCAUCUGAUUCUGAUGAAAAAAUUAUACGAUUUUUCGAUGAUCGCGGAUUAAUUUAUGUUAAUGGAAAAGGACAUUUUCCACCGUAUUCUUGGCCAAAAAUUCAACCCGUUUUUGAUGGAAUUUGUGAGAAAUUGUAAUAAAAAAAUUUUUUUUUUUUGAAAAAAAAAAAUUCAGGUCAAAACUAUGCAGAAUUUUGUGCUGAAAAUCAGGGAAAUCUUGAAUUUUCGAAAUUUUCUGCUCAAAAACUUCAAAAUUCCCAUUUUUUUCAUAUAAAAAUCCUGAAACAGUGAUUUUUUUUCGACCCGAAAUUUUUUUUUUAUUCAAAUCUUCUCUAAAUUUAUAUAGAUCUGAAGAUCCGAAAAUGAGAUAAAAAAGUAUAUUUUCGACCAAUUGCUCAGGUUAGGUUUCAAAAAAAAUGUUUCGAAACUUUCUUAUAAAAAUUUGUUGAAUUCAUAAAAUUAAUCGAAAACUCAAAUUUUCUGAAAAAUUUUGAAACAGUGAAUUUUUUUAUUGAAAAUUCUAAAAAAAAAAUGCGAUUUUCAUGAAUAUUUGUAGCACAAAUUCAAUUUUUCAAUAAAAAAUAACUUACUAUCCAAAAUUGGUGUCGCCAGCUCUUUUCCAUCCGCAAAAUCGAUCCUAAAGUAUAAAUACAUUGUUUUUUAAUACAUUUUCAACAAAACUAACCUCUUUAGGUUGUCAAAAGCCUCAAUUUCAUCAUGGAAACAUCCCAAUACUCUGAAAAUCCAAAAAUUAUUGAAAAAACCAGCGAAAAAUCAUCAUUUUCAGGGUUUUCUCCUUCAAAUUUCAACCAAAAUAAUAGAAUUUCCUCUGAAAAUAGAAAAUAACAAAAGUAAUUUCACUUGAACAAAGGAAAACUCUGAAAAACACUGAAAAACACCGAAAAAAGAGAAAUUUGAAGUUUUUCACACAAUUGUGUGCAAUUGUGCGUCGUGGUGUUUGCAACUGUGUGUCCCGGGAAAAAUAUUUUUGAAUUUCUUUUUUUUUUUUUUUUUCACGUUUCAAAGUCGAAAUCAUGCUGGAAUUCUUCAUUUUUCAUUGUGAAAAUGAAGAAAUUCAAAUAUUUGAAGGAGAAAACCAUGAAAAUAUUGAUUUUUCGCCAGUUUUAUCAAUAAUCUUUGGAUUUUCAGAGUAUUGGGAUGUUUCCAUGAUGAAACUGAGGAUUUUGCCCGCGUAAAAGGUUAGUUUUGUUGAGAAGUUCAUAAAAACAAUGUAUUUAUACUUUAGAAUCGAUUUUGGGGAUGGAAAAAAGCUGGAGACACCAAUUUUGAAUUGUAAGUUAUUUUUUAUUGAAAAAUUGAAUUUGUGCUACAAAUAUUCAUGAAAAUCGCAUUUUUUCAGAAAUUUGAAUUAAAAAAAAAUUCACUGUUUCAAGAGUUUUUAGAAAAUUUGAGGAAAUUUGAAAUUUUCGAUAAUUUUAAAAAUUCAACGAAGUUUUUAUAAGAAAAAUUUUAACUUUAAUUUUUGAAACCUAACCUGAGCAAUUGGUCGAAAAUAUACUUUUUUAUCUGAUUUUCGGAUAUUCAGAUCUUCAGAUCUAUAUAUAAAUUUUGAAAAAAUUUGAAUUAUAAAAAUUUCGAGUCGAAAAAAUUUACUGUUUCAGGAUUUUUAUAUUUAAAAAAAUGGGUUUUGAAAUUUUAAUACUUCACUUCGAUGAAAAUUUUGUGCUGAAAAUCAUGAAAAUUUCGAAAAUUCAAGAUUUCCAUGAUUUUCAGCACAAAAUUCUGAUCUAGAAGCAUACAUAGUUUUGACCUGAAAUUUUGAUUAUGAAAAAAAUUAUGAAAAUUUGUGGGCGGAGCUUGAAAAUUAUGAUUUUUUUCAAAAUUUCCGGAUUUUUUCAUAAUUUUCAAGCUCCGCCCACAAAUUUUCAUAAAUUUAAAAUUUCGAAAAAAACUUUUUUUUCGAAAUUUGUCUUCAAUUUUUUCCAGAAGCAAAAAAAUCUGAAAAUUUUCCAGAUUUCGCUCUGAAAAUGUCGAAGAAAGGACAUUUGCAAGGAAUUCGAGCGAUUGCUAUAAUUUCAGUUUUGGCUUUUCAUUUUUUCCCCGAAUAUUUUCCCAAUGGAUUUUUGGGUGUUGAUCAGUGAGUUUUUUAAUGGCGGGUGGAAAAUUUGACAGGGUUACUGUAGGCGAAAAAUUGAUCUACAGUAAUCCGAACAUUAGGUUACUGUAGAUUUUAGCGCCACAUGAUUUUUUUUUGAAUAUUUUCCAUGCAAAAUUGAAAUUUUCGAUGAUUUUCCGAUUCCGGCGGAGAUUUUAUCCCUAUUUUUCAUUGUUUGACGAAAAAUCACCGAAUUUUGAUGACGAACUUGAGAUAAACGUGUAUAUUUUAUAGUCAAGGGUACUGUAGAUUGUUCUACAGUAACCUAUUGUUUUCAAGAAUCUGAAAUUCAAGGGGAAACUGUAUGUAGAUCAAUUUCUGGUGUCCAAAUAGCUACAGUACCCCAAAAUUAAUGUUUUUUUUUCACAGAUUCUUCGUAUUAUCUGGUUAUUUAAUGUGUCUUCUUCUCUCCAAAACUUCUUCAAAUAAAAAUCAAUCAAUAAUUUCAAAAAUCGUCGAAUUUUAUCAACGUCGACUUUGUCGAAUUCUACCAAAUUAUUAUUUUCUAAUUUUAAUCAAUAUUUUUUUAUUGAUUUUUUCUCCAAUUUUUCCCGAAACUUUCAUUGAAACAAAUCAAAAAUCAGCAAAACAAUCAAUAUUUUUUGUCUCAAAUGAUUUCUCAAAUUUAGAAGAUGAUUAUUAUAUUCUGCUGAAAAUUGCUGAAAAUCUAUUCACUCAUACUUGGUCACUUUCUGUUGAAAUUCAAUUUUAUUUCAUUAUUCCUAUCGUAUUCUAUACUAUUUUAUCGAUUUUCUCCGGGAAAAAUCGAAAUUUCCUGAUCUACCUGAGCUUCUCAGUGAUCUCUCUAAUUUUUUAUUUGAUCUCCCCGAAAAGCACGGCAUUUUAUAGUGUUUUUGCGAGGAUUUGGCAAUUUUAAGCCGGAUUUUUGGUGUAUUUUUGGCAAGAAAAUGAUGAAUCUGAAGAUGAAGAAGACCAAAAACAAUUAUUGAUUUCUGAAAAUCUGGAAACCGAGCAAAUAAGUUAUGAAAAUACACAAGUUUGGUUAUUAUUAUUGACUAUUUUGAUGCUUUUUGUUGGUUUUGAAUAUCCGGAGAGAAUUGUGAGGUAAUAUGAGCAAUGGUUUUAAUUUUUUUAAAUAAAAACAGUUUUUAUCUCAAACUUCGAUCUCUAGAUUAUCUCUAGAGAAUCUAUAUAUUUUUUGAAUAAGAUCAAAAUCUUUUUUAUCUCCAAUGUUGAACUUUUUAAUUCGAUUUCGCGCCUGAUUAGGCUGAAGUUUCGUGCUGAAAAUCUUGAGAAUUUUGAAAAUUUAAGAUCCUCUUGAUUUUCAGCACAAAAUUCUGAUCUAGAAAGGUAUUUGUGAGCUGAAAUUAAUUUAUUCCAAAAACUUCCAGAUUUCAAUUUUCCAAGCUGGAAUUCUGUUGUGAUAUUCAUGAAAAUGCUGAAAUUUUCGAAAAUCAAGAUUUCCACGAUUUUCAGCACAAAAUUCUGAUCUAGAAGCAUUUUUUUUCAGCGAAAUUAAUUUUUUUUUUUCAAAAAAAAAAUCUACUGUUUCAAAACUUUGUUCAGGUUGUGGGAAAAUCUAUGUAGAUUUCUAGAUCAGAAUUUUGUGCUGGAAAUCGUGGAAAUCUUGAAUUUUAAAAAUUUUCAUCAUUUCUAUGGUUUUCAGCACAAAAUUCUGAUCUAGAAAUAUUUUUUCAGCGAAAUUAAUUUUUUUUUCAAAAAAAAAAUUUACUGUUUCAAAAUUUUUAUGAGGAUUUUCAGAUUCUUGUUCAAUUUAAGUAAACCGGAAUCUCUUGCUGAAACACAGGAAAAUGCUGAAAAUUUCGAAAAUCAAGAUUUCCACGAUUUUCAGCACAAAAUUUCAGCUGGGAAAAUUGAAAUCUGAAAAUUUUUUGAAAAAAUUAAUUUCAGCUCUAAAUCUUGUUUCUAGACCAGAAUUUUGUGCUGAAAAUCGUGGAAAUCUUGAAUUUUCAAAAUUUUCAGCACAAAUUUCUGAUCUAGAAAGAUAUUUGUGAGCUGAAAUUAUUUUUUUUUUCAAAAAAAAUUCAUAUGAAAUUUUAAAAUUUACAAUUUUUCCAGAAUAAUAGUAACAAUAAUAACAGCAUUGCUCAUAUUAAUCUCUGAAAAUAAUCAAAUUUUAUCAAAUAGAAUAAUGAUUUAUAUUGGAAAUAUAUCAUAUUCAUUAUAUUUAAUUCAUUGGCCAAUUUAUUGUUAUUCAAAAUUCUACGAGUUACCAAAACUCCCAUUUUUAUGCUUUUCUAUUUUUUUGGGAAUUAUUAUUUAUGAAACUUAUGAAAAAUGGUAUACAACUAGACUUACACGAAAUUCCCAAUGCAUUUUAUCAACUAUUUUAUUGAUUUUUUGUAUUUUAAUAAUUUGGAGGCAAGAAAUUCACGAAAUUUAUGAUGGUUUCACUGGAAAAUCUGGGAAAUUUGCUGAAAAUCCAAUGUUUUCCGCGGGAAAUUCGAAAAAUUUGAGUCUAGAAGAGGUUAUGAAUUUGAAUGGUGUGUGGACUUCAAAAGAAAAGGAAUUUUUAACAUAUAAAAGUUGCGAUUAUAAAAAUCCGAAGCUUGUGCCAUUUGGAUUAUGUCAAUUUAAAGUGAGGAUGAUUUUCAGCACAAAAUUUCAGCCUAGAAAAAAUCAGAAUUUUUUCGCAGAAUCUCUCCUCAUCUGCGCCUUUAAAAAUUCUAAUUAUCGGAAAUAGUUAUGCCACAAAUUUGGCACCAAUUCUCCUAAAUUCUUGUGCAAAAAAAUCGCAACAAAUUUGGCUGGCCUCAUUUCCAUCCUGUAAUUUUUUGCACGCGGAUUAUGAGCAGAGCAAAUGCUCAAAAAUGCUCCAAAUUCCGGACGAGACACUCGAAAAACAGCAAUUUGAUUAUGUUUUUCUGAUUGCAAAAUGUGCGCGAUAUUGUUUACCGAGCAAAAAAUCGAUUGAUGAGCAAAUUGAAUUUGGUAGAUCACAAAUUACAAAACUCAAACAAUUUGUGAAGCGAAAAAUCUUCAUUUUGAAUACGAUAACACUUCCGAUAAAUCUCAGAAAUUUCAACAAUUAUCUGCGAAAUCAUACUAGUUUUGAUGAAAUUCUGGUGAGUUAUCCUAACUUAUUAAAUUUUUUUGAUUCGCUUUCUUUUCACCAACAUUUUCUCUGUGGUUAAAAAGAGAUAGAUAGCUCAGCUGGUAGCAUUUUUGACUGCGGCGCUUGAGACCAGGGUUCGAUUCCCAGUGCCCGCCAAUUUUUUUCUUUUUUUUUAAAUUAGUUUGUAGACUAGAAUUUUGUGCUAAAAAUCAAGGUAAUCUUGAAUUUUCGAAAUUUCUAGCAUUUCAGCACAAAAUCGGAUCUCAAAAUAAACUGAUGUAACCAAAAUCUAGAAAUCCUAAUAUUUUUUGUGAAAUUUUUGAAACAGUAAUUUUUUUUUACAAUUAGUAAUUUUUUUUUCAAAUUUCAAAAAAAAUGAUUCUAGAUCAGAAUUUUGUGCUGAAAAUGGUGGAAAUAUUGAAUUUUCGAAAUUUUAAGCAUUUUCAUGAGUUUCAGCACAAAAUUUCAGCUAGGAAAAUUGAAAUCUGGAAGUUUUUGGAAUAAAUUAAUUUCAGCUCUAAAAUUUGUUUCUAGAUCAGAAUUUUGUGCUGAAAAUGGUGGAAAUCUUGAUUUUUCGAAAUUUUCAGCAUUUUCAGCACUAAACAGGAACGAAUCAGAAGUAACGAAAAUCUAGAAAUCAUAAUAUUUUUGUGAAAUUUUUGAAACAGUAAUUUUUUUUUGGAAAAUUUUUUUUUUAAAUUCAAAAAAAAUAUGUUUCUAGAUCAAAAUUUUGUGCUGAAAAUCAUGAAAAUCUUAAAAUUUCCAGAAAAUCUACUCAAACAAAAAACCACUCGGCGACAAGAGAAUCGGAAUUGAACGACAUCGAAAAAUCGGCCAAGUUUGUGGCGAAAAAUGCGAAUUUUUCGACGCAUUCUCGAAUUUUCCCAAAAAUUCAUAUUCAUCUGAUUCUGAUGAAAAAAUUAUACGAUUUUUCGAUGAUCGCGGAUUGAUUUAUGUGAAUGGAAAAGGACAUUUUCCACCGUAUUCUUGGCCAAAAAUUCAACCCGUUUUUGAUGGAAUUUGUGAGAAAUUGUAAUAAAAACAUUUAUUUUUUGAAAAAAAAAUAAUUUCAGGUCAAAACUAUAUGCUUCUAGAUCCGAAUUUCGUGCUGAAAAUCAUGGAAAUCUUGAAUUUUCGAAAAUUUCACGAUUUUCAGCACAAAAUGUCCAUCACUUGUCAUGA